AGCUCGCUCGAGUAGCUCUCCGAUUGGUGCAGCGGCCUGCCAAUUAUUAACUGCUUGCUGAUUUGGCUCCCUAGCCUGGUAGAUGUCAAAGGCUGAAGCUGUUCCCUUUGCCACAUUAUAACUAGUAGGGGAUCUACAGUAAGCAUGGCCACAGCUGCCUCGAAUCCCUACAGCAUUAUCAGUUCCAACUCUAUGGUUCAUGCAGACUCCUCGGUCAUGCAACAAGGGAGCCCUUUCAGGAAUCAUCAGAAACUUCUCCAAAGUGAAUACCUACAGGGAGUCCCGAGCAAUGGACACCCUCUUGGGCACCAGUGGGUGACCAGUUUAUCCGAGGGAAGCCCAUGGUCGACCUCUUUAGCGACCAGUCCUCUGGAGCAGCAGGACGUGAAACCGGGACGGGAAGACCUCCAACUCGGGGCGAUCAUUCAUCACAGAUCCCCUCAUGUCGCCCAUCACUCGCCCCAUACAAAUCAUCCAGGUGCAUGGGGGACACCAGUGUCUCAUAACUCAUCUAUAAACACCGGUGGACAGCCUAUCAACAUCUAUUCGCAGCCUGGCUUUACAGUCAAUGGCAUGUUGGAGCACGGAGGUCUAACGCCACCCCCGAACUCAGCGCAGACCCAGAGCUUACAUCCAGGGCUGAGAGACACACCGGACCACGCCGACAUCGGGGCGCACCACUGCCACGACCACUCCGAUGAGGAAACUCCGACCUCGGACGAGCUGGAACAGUUUGCCAAACAGUUCAAACAAAGAAGGAUCAAACUGGGCUUUACGCAGGCAGAUGUCGGACUCGCGCUGGGGACUUUGUACGGCAAUGUCUUCUCGCAGACGACCAUCUGCAGGUUCGAGGCGUUGCAGCUCAGCUUCAAGAAUAUGUGCAAACUGAAGCCCUUGUUAAACAAGUGGUUAGAGGAGGCAGACUCCUCUACGGGCAGCCCCAGUAGCAUUGAUAAAAUUGCAGCGCAGGGGAGGAAAAGGAAGAAAAGGACCUCCAUUGAGGUGAGCGUCAAAGGGGUGCUGGAGACCCACUUUCUUAAAUGUCCUAAACCAGCCGCUCAGGAGAUAUCCUCUUUGGCAGACAGCCUACAGCUAGAGAAGGAGGUGGUUCGUGUCUGGUUUUGUAACAGAAGACAAAAGGAAAAAAGAAUGACUCCGCCAGGAGAGCAGCAACAACACGAGGUGUAUUCUCACAACGUUAAUACGGACAACUCAUCGUGCCACGAUCUCUGACCAAGGAACCGGGAUCCACCCUGCGAGACUCCAAUACAGAAUGGAAAUCUAGUGGCUUUUUAAAUUAUGGGUCUUCUUUUUUUCCCACGUAUUCCCUCUUUCUGGCUGUGUGACGAUGACAAAUUACUAGAGGCACCGAGAAAGAAAACAAGUACAAAAAGUUUCAUUGUUUUUUUCUUUUUGUCUCGAGCAUUUUCAGCAAUACGUCAAGGCAAUCCGGUGUUUAUUUCCAUCUCGGCGGAACCCUUUUAUUGCCUACGUUUAAUUUUAAUUUUUUUAUUUUAUUUCACCAUUAUUACUCUUUUUACAGCAAGGAUAUAAACACAAAAUCGUGCCUAUUAAUAACCUUCCAGCGCCUUGGUUAUAUAUAAAUAUAAAUAUAUAUAUAUAAUUUCUCGAAAAUAUUUUGUAAUAUUUUAUUUUGUGAGUGUGUUGCUUGGCUAUUUGAUUCGAUAAGGUGUUUUACUGUAUUUACACGACAGCUAAACCAUCCAGCAGCAUGGAUACUAAGGCAAAUAAUGCUGUUUAUUUAUUUAUUGGCUUUGAAACGGACUUCACGUGCCAACGGUUUCAAAAAUCAUAUAUAUAUAUAUAUAUGCUUUAUAGCAAUAGAUCACUUAGGUAGCCAUUUUAAGGAACUUUGUGAAAUGCCUAUUCAACAACAGUAAGACACCUUAGUGGCGGAAUUCAAGGCUUCCUUUAAACCCAAUAGUUCUGUCUCAGCUGUUCUGCGCCAGCAUUUUCUCGUUUUCAUUUCGAGCAAUGAAAACCCAUGUCUGUCACAUGAAGUUUUCAUGAUUAUAUUCUAGGUCUAAAGCAGCGAUGCGAAUCCAACACUCAACGAACAAUUAUUCAAGCCCAAACUUACUUUCCAAAAAGAAUAUAUAUACUGUGUUUUGAAAUGCAACGCAGAGGUGUAUGUGCAGUAUUUUAUGGUUCUUUGUGUAACCGCGAAAAUUGGAUUUUAGUCAUAUCCUCGACCAUAUUACUGUGCUAAAUACUGGCCGUUAAUCUAGAACCGUAAGAUCCUCGCCAGUCUAAAAGCGUUGUGGCACAUUACGGCAUCAUUUUAUUGUACACGCUGAAUAUCUAAACUUUUAUAAUCUUCAAUGCUCCAGUUAUUGAUUUAUGUCUUUAAUAUUUCUUCAAAUAUUUGCUAUUGUACAGUUUUGUAUAAUACGACCUUUUUGAAGUCAUUAAUUUAAACAAAUACCUUUUAGUUUAUUCAUGCACCUAGUGCUGUAAAAAAAACGAUAUUUUCAUUAAAAGUCGACGUUUUCAGCAGUUUUAUUCCAAAUAUGAUGGAAGUUCAAGCGAUUAUUUAUUUUGAGUAUAAACCUUGUAUUAUGUUUUCAAACAAACUGUAAAACCGUUAUUAAAAUGUAUGUUGGAAUAAAAACACUUGUUGUUACAA